AUGAAUCCAGUCGACGAGAUGCUGAUUGAAGAGGUCCGCAAGUACGACCACCUCUAUAAUGUGUCGUCAACGAAUUAUAAAGAUUGCCAAAUGGCGAACAACUCAUGGAAGGAGAUAGCGGCAACUCUGGGGUUGGAGGUAUCGGAGUGUACGAAGAAAUGGAAGAACCUCCGCGACAAGUACGUGCGAGUGCGAAAGCGAAUGGCCACACGAAGCGGUGAUCCAGCCAGCCAAAAAGUGCCCACAUUUUACCACCUGAUGUCCUGGCUGGCACCAAACGUCAAGCACCGGGAAAUGGAUUCAAAUUACGUGGACGAGGUGUCACCAGGCUCAUCAUCCAAAGAUGAAGGGGAAUUUUCCUCAUCAUCAUCAUCAGCGCAGUCCCAGUGCUCCACACCGGACCUUCCAUCUCCAUCCGCAUCCCCUGUUCCUCCUGCAUCCCCUGCUCCUUCUGCAUCCCCUGCUCCUUCUCUUGCCCAAAAGUCUCCCCUGUCUCGCCCAAAAAGGAGGCGGGAUCCAACGGAUGAGUUGCUAUUCAAGCACCUUUCCAGGCUUGAGAAAGUGAGGCAUGAGCUGAGGCAGAGUGUAGAUGCAUACACAAGGUUUGGGCAAACUGUGGCCGAACUUGUGCGGCAAGCGCCAGAGGACCAGAGGAGUGCUCUCAUGGUAAAGAUUCUCACAGUGAUCCACGAAAGUGAAUGA